UUUGUUUUUUGUUGAUAUUAGACAUAUCGCGGAGCAUCAAUUGUUCCCGCUCCGGGGAGGCUCUGCCGGGAGGACCACGCUGGGUCCUGACCCCACCGGGGGCGGUGUGAGCGCGGCGCAGCUCCUCGGUAUAAAAGCAGCCAGCAGCAGUUGGAGUGUCAGAGGCUUGAGCAACGCAACAGAGAGGCUGUCCUCAGAGGAGAGUUACAACACAGUGUGCACAUGGGGAAGCGGUUGAGGUAGAAGAACAAGAAGAAGAAGAAGUCCUCUUACUUUGGAUCUAUACCAGACCGCAACCUGGAUUAAUUUGUUCUUAUUUGCUGCAGUUAUGAGAAACCGUCCGGAUCAGAGGGACUCUGAUCACCCCCUCGGAUCUAUUAUUUCAAAGGGUCAUCUGAGCCAGAGGAACCCCAUCAGGCCCGGAGCCCGGCAGUGAUGCUGGCCAUGCCGCACGACAACUCCUCCGGCGGUAGCCCCUUCCUCCUCCCCUCCAACCACACCCCCGGGAAGCAGGAGCUGCGCAAUGCCACCCGUCCGCAGAUCAAUGCCGCGUACGCCGGCCUCACCAUGACUCUGGGCAUCCUGUUCAACGUGGUGGCGCUCAUCAUCCUCGCCAAGGCGUACAACCGCUUCCGCCGGCGCUCCAAGGCCACGUUCCUGCUCUUCGCCAGCUCCCUGGUGGCCACGGAUCUGGCGGGGCACGUCAUCCUCGGGGCUCUGGUGCUGAGGAGAUACUCGGUGGGCCCCGUCUCCGGCCUUCGCGGCGGCGACAACAAUCCGGACGUGUCGUGUCUGUUUCAGGGAGGCUGCAUGGUGUUCUUCGGCCUGUGCUCGCUGUUCCUGGGCUGCGCCAUGGCCGCCGAGCGCUGCCUCGGGGUCACCGAGCCUCUGCUGCACGCUCGCCUGGUCACCACGGCGCGGACAAAGAUGGCGCUGGCCUUGAUCUGGCUGCUGGCGGUGUGCGUGGCCCUGCUGCCCUUCUUCGGGCUGGGCGCCUACACGUACCAGUACCCGUGGACGUGGUGCUUCAUCAAGGUGAUAGAGGACACCAAAGCGACGGACCUGGCCUUCGUGGCGCUCUUCUCCGGGCUGGCGCUGACCUCCCUGACCUCGGCCUUCGUGUGCAACACCAUCAGCGGCAUCACGCUGGUGAGAGCCCGGCUCAAGAAGAGCUGCUGCUCACGCCGGCGCUCAGCCGGCUCCCACGACACCGAGAUGGUGGUCCAGCUGGUCGGCAUCAUGGUCACCUCCUGCAUCUGCUGGAGCCCCCUGCUGGUCUUUGGACUGAUGUCAGCCACAAAGUCCUACAGCGGCCUCCUGGGCGACGACAGCGAUACGUAUCGGGGUCUGAUGGUGAUCGGGGUCCGGAUGGCGACCUGCAACCAGAUCCUGGACCCGUGGGUCUACAUCCUGCUGCGGCGCGCCAUCCUCCAGAAGAUCUACCGCAUCACCAAAAGACGGCCCAGCUUCAAGGGGAGCACGCUCCGCUCCGUCCGCUGGGAGCUCAGCUCCUUUCAGAACUCAGAGAAAAACUGUGUCAGUAAGAUCUGAAUGGACAUAUAGACACACAUAUAUAUAUAUGGACUUUAUAAAUAUAUAUAUAUAAGGAGGCAGAAAAGAGGAAGAGGCCGGGUAAUCUGUCCCUUUUGUGCUCAGUCCAGCGGUCCACAUCUGGAUCCACAUUCAGAGUUGAAAGGUUCCUAUGAAAAGGGAAGUCUGGUUUAGGUCAAUGAAGGAAAUGUGUCGGGAUCCAAAAAAUGGAACGUGUUCCAGAUUUUUUAACAUCCCUGAGUUGUUUUGUCUCCAGUACAAGCCAGUGUUAUACAUAUGAACUGUUUUAUCAUAAGAGAUUACGGCCCAGCCACAGGACAUGUCCUCGACGAGAGGCGUGAAUGAAAACGACUUCGUAAGUUGGAAUGUGAAUGUUUAUUGUUUUUUUGCUGAAGUGAAGACCGUAAGUAUCCAUAUAGUCUCAAAGCAAACAUCUCAACUCAAAGGUUUCGUUCCCUUUGUUCUCCAACACAAUGUAAAAGUCAAUGACUUGUGUAAAUAAAUGCUCACAUAAAGAGAGCCGUAAAAAAAAAAAAAGAAGAAGAAGGGCCGUGCUGUUACCUCAGCCUAAAGAUGUGAAGAAGACGAUGUGCUGUGACAUGAAUGUGAACGUCUGUUUCUGCGUGUUUGUAGAUGUGUCGGCGGUGUUUUCACCGAGUGUCUCGGGACUGAAAGUGAAGCUGCAAAAAAAGCUAAUUGGAUGUGAUAUUGUGAACAAAAGGGAAUGUACUUUUAGAUAAUAAAUGAUCUGUUAAUGUUU